GCCCCGCCCCCUCCAGUCCCUAACCUCCGGAGCUGCUCCGUCUCUCACCGGCCUCUCGUCGCCCGGGAUGUGUGCGUGUCUCCCCGGCUCUCAGGUCACAGAUCUUCCGAGAAAAACUGUCUCUGACCUGUAACCUGUGAACCCCUCUGCUUGUGUUGGUUGGCUGCAGUGAGGUGGUGAUGAAGAGGAGGAUGAGGCGUCCUCCCGGCUCAGCUGCAUGUGUCUGUUUUUGAAAGGAGGGCAAAGGUCGUCUCACCUGCAGCAGUCAUUGCGCGUGCAGACGGAGCGGGAUGAGUCAUUGAAAGUCCUGGAUUAUCACACGGAGAAUUGGAAUUCUUAGAAAUACAGACUAAAAAGUAAAAUCCCAAGAAGCCUUUUUUUUGGUUCAUCAAGUUGGAUCCUUAGAAACAGAACCUUUGGGAUGUAAACUUAGACGUAUAAAUUUCACACAGAUAUCGUGGAUUUCUAAUCUUGAACUGCUGCAGCUAAAACCUUGAAUACUAAAGCUCCUGGAAAUUCCUUUGAUUUUAAAAUACUGAUUCAAGAAGUGAGUUCACGUUAAGGAAGUUUCAUCUAACUUUUGUAAAUCCACAAAUUUAUUCAUAGUUCAUUUUAGAUUUUGGAGCAGUUUGUCAUAUUUUUUUCCUCUCUGCUGGAGGACAUGGCUCCAAGUGCCUCGAUACGAGAACUGACGGCCGGAAGUUGAUCCCUGCAGGGAGCGAGGCACAGACACAAACAAGAAGACGUAGAGAGACACAGAAGAAUAUGUCCUGGAAGAGGAACUACUUUGCAUCAGGCGGAAGUGGCGUUGGUGGGAGCGGAGUUGGCGGCACAAUGGAUGGGGGGUUGCAUGGAAUCUUGACGCCUCGCACCAUGACGUCCAUCGCUCCGAGUAAAGGGCUGAGCAAUGAGCCGGGACAGAACAGCUGCUUCCUGAACAGCGCCCUGCAGGUCCUUUGGCACCUCGAUAUCUUCCGACGUAGUUUCCGUCAGCUGACGACUCAUAAGUGCAUGGAGGACUCGUGCAUUUUCUGCGCUCUAAAGAAUAUCUUCGCUCAGUUUCAGUACAGCAGCGAGAAGGUUUUACCGUCCGACGCUCUUCGUAACGCACUUGCCAAAACCUUCCAGGGCGAGCAGAGGUUUCAGCUCGGCAUCAUGGACGACGCUGCAGAGUGCUUCGAAAACCUUCUGAUGAGGAUUCACUUCCACAUCGCAGAUGAGACCAAAGAGGACAUCUGCACAGCCCGACACUGCAUCCCCCACCAGAAGUUUGCUAUGACGCUCUUCGAGCAGUGUCUUUGCAGCCAUUGUGGAGCAUCGUCGGACCCGCUACCCUUCAUUCAGAUGGUCCACUACAUCUCCACCACCUCUCUGUGCAACCAGGCCGUGAAGAUGUUGGAGACGAGGGAGCGGGCGACUCCUGGCAUGUUCGGCGAGCUGCUGCGUAACGCCAGCAUGGGAGACCUCCGCAGCUGUCCUAGUCAGUGUGGUCAGCAGCUCAGGAUCGCUCGUGUCCUCCUCAACAGUCCGGAGAUCAUCACCAUUGGUCUGGUUUGGGACUCAGAUCAUUCAGACCUGGCGGAGGACGUCAUUCACACCCUGGGAACCUGCCUGCGUCUGGGUGAUUUGUUCUACAGAGUGACGGAGGAGAAGGCCCGUCAGUCGGAGCUCUACCUGGUCGGUAUGGUGUGUUACUACGGGAAACAUUACUCCACCUUCUUCUUCCAGACAAAGAUCCGUAGAUGGAUGUACUUUGAUGACGCACACGUCAAAGAGAUUGGUCCCAAGUGGAAGGACGUGGUCUCUCGCUGCAUCAAGGGCCACUACCAGCCCCUGCUGCUGCUGUACGCUGACCCCCGAGGGACACCUGUGACGGUGCAGGACCUGUCCUCACGCCUCGACCUCCACCACCUCAACAAGGCCUGUUACGACAGCGAGGACUCGGGCCGGGAGCCGUCAAUCUCCAGCGACACUCGCACCGAUUCGUCGACGGAGAGCUACUCGUGCCGACAGCCCUCCCACUCUCACCAUGAGUCCCUGGCCAGUCACUACUCGUCUGACUCCCAGGGAACCGUCAUCUGCAUCGAACGUCCAGACGGAGCCCAGCACGCCUCGCUCUGCAGCCUGGAUACCAUAGGCCCCGUGACGGACGGUGAGCAGCACCAGUCUCUGAGGAAGGGAGGCGGGCCCGGGGAUAGGAGGCGGAGCUCUAGCCGCACCCGGCGAUCUAAACCCAACAACGAAGCUUCGUCCGCCGGGUACCACAGCGAGGGAGAGACUUUGAAAGAGCAGCAGGUUCCUCGUCAACUCCCCAAACCUUCAUCCUCCUUCUCAUCUUCAACCAAUCGCCUGCGAGACUUCAAGGAAACCAUGAGCAACAUCCUGCACAGCCGAACCCUCUCCUCCUCUUCAUCCACCUCUUUACCUGCCGCCGUCCUCUUGUCUGAAAUCACCUCCUCUGCCAACAACCGCCACCACCCUGCCGCCGCUACCACCACUCCCUCCUCCUCCUCCACCAAACCCCUCGACUGGGAGGCCGACAGCAUCAUCAGCGAGUCCAAGUCCAGCUCCUCUGGAGGAACGGGGUCGGGGAAAUACCGGCCAGCAUGGAAGCCCCGGAGAGAGGUCCUCAAUAUCGACAGCAUCUUCAGCCGUGAGAGGCGACGCCAGGCGGGGUACAGCCCGCUCGGAGCCUCCCAGCCCGACGACUGUGCAGCUCCAGCCUCAGAGGGAGCGAACACCUCCUUCCCAGGCCCACAGGAGGUGAUGUCGGUCAGGCCCGGCACCUCCUGGACCCUCCCCACCGCCUCCAGCAGCCACAGACGGGUUGGAGGAGCCGCAGAACUGCCUCCUCCUCCUCCUCCCCCACCCAGACUGAUCCAGAGGAUGGAGAGCGGAUAUGAGAGCAGCGAGAGGAACAGCAGCAGCCCGGUCAGCCUGGACCUGAACCUGGGAGACAGGGAGUGUGCUUUGAAGAAGCCCUCGGUCUCCUCCUCUUCCUCUGCGCCGUCAUGGAGGAACAUCAGAUCAAAGAGCAGCGGCGCUCUGCUGCAGGACGUCAGCUCUUCCAGCAGAGGGAGCCUUGGUAUGACAGCGCCCCCUGUAGGCCGCAGCGAGCUAGACGAGUUGCAGGAGGAGGUGCUGAGGAGAGCGAAGGACGAAGAGCAGCAGCGACGGCAGGAGAAGGAGAGAGAGGCUGCACUCGGCUUCAACCCAAGACCCAGCAAGUACCUGGACCUGGACCAGCUGCAAAUCCAAGGAAAAGGCGACAGCUUCGAGCGGUGUGUGUCGGAGGCGGAGCUCCUGCUGGACCAAUCGUUGCGUCUGGAGCAGGCGGGAGAGGUCGCCGCAGCGCUGUCGGCCGUCAACGAAGCCGUCUCCAAACUGCGGCCGGUGGCGUCUGAGGGCGGAGCUAGUAGUAACAGCCGGCUGCAGCGCUGCAUGAGGAGAGCCCGCAGUUUGCAGCAACGCAUGCAACUGCAGCAGCGGCCGCAGGACUCAGUGGCAGUCAGACAGCAUCCAGAGCAACAGCAGCAGGAGGAGGAGCAGCAGCUCCAGGAACAGCCCAGUGAAAAGGCUCUCUCGCUCCAAAUACUUCUGACGAACAGACAGGGCGACCAAUCAGCCGCCGGUCAGGACCAGGAGGCCCUGCCUCUCUCUCCAUGCGUUGUUAAGCCCCUCCCUCCCAAAACAAUCUCUGACCCCGCCUACAGCGCAGUGGCUCCCAGGGAGGACAACAGGACCAGGGGCCCCUGCUCUCGUGUUGGGAAACCCCUCUCCAAUGCUGCGUCCCUUCCUGCUCUGUGUGUGGACACCUGGGAGCAGAGUCCUCUGGAGAGUUUGGCUCCACCCCCUCCACCUGAGGAGAUGGAGUUCCCCACCCAGUGGACCAAAGCAUCACCUGUUCCCAUCCCAGCUCAUGCCCUCACGCCGCACUCCCGAACUCCAUCACCCAUUGGCACCAACGACGACUGUCAUCUGAUCAUGGAGAAGGAGCCUUGUUACAUCAGACAGGGACAGACCACACCCCCUUUAUCGGUCUCCCCCUCCAGAGUAGCCCCAACCCCUCCCACUAGAAACUGGUCCUGCUUACACCUUGAGCCACACGAUGAUGUGGUUGAUUCUUCUCAUCCACCAUCUUAUGCCACUGCAGACUCACCUUCUAGCGCUCCCCUGCCCCCUGUGCACCAACCGGAUCAAACCACCUCCACGGCCCCCGCCCAGGGCCACAGAUCGCUCCUGCCUGUGGAGCGCUGGGCGGAGAACGUCAACAGAUACUUCAGUUUCAAGAACGGAGAAGCAGGAGGAGGAGGAGGAGGAGGAGAAGAAGCACCAACGUCACCCUGUGAGGAGCUGUCAGAGCUGGACUCACUGUACCAGGCCAGUCUGCUGGCUCCCAGCAUGCAGCGGGGCAGCCGUGGUGUCAGUCCUCAACCAACUGGCAACAAACCAGGUGUGAGAAGAAUGCUGUCAGGAUCUGGACGAUCCAAAACACCGACGGCGGAGAUAGAGAGAUAUGGCUACAGAACACCGGUAACAACUCUGCAUAAGCCGGGGUCGGGUGACGAUGAGAGCUACAGCGCAGACAACCUGCGACGCAUCGCCCGCAGCUUGAGCGGAACCGCCAUCGGGUCACGACCCCAAAACAUCCCUGCCUCUCGCAGCUGUGACCCCUCUGUGUCCAGACCCCCCCUCACACCUGCAGACCUUCACUCCUCCACCCUCCCUCGCCGACCCAGCACCUCCUCCCUGCACCUCCCCUCCUCCUCCUUCACAGAUCCUUCCUUUCACCACCUCCAACCCCGACACCACGGCCCCUCAGCUCCUGCACCUCCUCCACAUCACCCCCCCUCGCAGACAUCACGGCCACACAGCUCGGGCCCCUCCACCUGGGGACGUACAGGAGUUGGACCGAGCGUCCAGCAGCAGUUUCUGGUUGUGUCUGACCGGCAUCAAGCUCCCUCCGAACAAAGCCUCCACAGCAUCGCGCUGAGUUACGGCACUCUGCCCCGGGCUCCUCGCCGAGCCCCGCCUCCCUUCUCCUCCCUCACCAGGCCUGGUGCCGGCUGUACCGCUGCCCCCCCGCCUGCCCCACAGAGUCUCUACGCCACCCUGUCCCGUCCUCGCCGCUCUGCCAACACCACCACCGGGACUAACGGUCACUACCGCCAACCAUCACUGCCCAUUAAAGUCAACGGGUCCGCCCACUACCCACCACACCACAUCCCCCCACCACACCACCACCCCCAACACCACCUCAGGGUUCCAGGUGAAGCUCCCUCCCAGCCUCUCCGGCUGGAUGUCCCCCCUGAGAGUGAUUGGCGCCGUGAUGCCCACUACAGGACUGUCCAGCCCAGCUCCUCUUGGGAUCCCCUCGCCGCUCGCCACCACCACCUGUCCCUCCAGCGGACACAGUCCCACCAGCCUCCCCCGCACCGGCCCCGCAGGGACCCCCUGCUGUGCUCCCUCUGCCAGCAGCUUCCAGCUGAGCCGCCACGUCCCUACUGCGCCUCAUGCGGCGCUUACGUGGCUCGGUUCCGCCCGGGGAGCUGAUCAGGCCUGAAGCUGCCGGCAGAGGUCACAUAUCGUCACCAGUAAAACAAAGUCUUAACGCCGGCGAUUCAGCCUGAGUUUAGUUUUUUUUAUGUUAAAUGUGCCAACAUUCAUUUAGACGGACGGCUGCUGUCAAGCUGUGAUGAAACUCUGUGAUUGGCUGCUUGCUCUGCAGCAUCAUCAGCUCUUCAGUUAGAAUUCUAACACUUUAACAACCUCAGUCUCAGUAUAAAUCAGUUCUCUCACAGCACACGUCCACAUGUUGUCCCGACUCGUCUCUCCUGCAGACGCUCAUUCAAUCAUGUCCCUGAACAUUCGCUGGAUUCAAGCACAUUUAACUUUCUAAUGAAGACAAAGCACCAUGUGACCGAACAGGAUCAGCAGGUCGACGUGAGGACGUAAAUAAAGAUGGACAAUAUGAUGGCUCCCAGUAAGUGAAGGUGAAAUGCUUUGAUCGCCCCCUAGUGGCUGGCUAUAGUACAUGUCAUAACUCCUACCUCCUCCAUGUGAGCAGAUAGGAUAUGGGCCCAAGUAAAUGUUCCUAGAAGAUGGUUUCUGUCAUUUUAGGUAGUUCAAGUUACUUGUGUAGACGGGACCUCGAUACCAAGGCUCCACUCCACGAUCAAUACUGCACAGACUCUGAGUUUGAGGAAGUGAAGAUGCGUUGUCCAUCUUUAUCUACUGUUGAUCUACAGCUGGGCAUCGUGUCACAGGAAAUGAAGGAAUCAUGACAGGAAGUAGAAAAGCAGCUCCUUCCUCAGAUUAUAAAUAUAAACAUACUACUAUACGUACUCCUCUAUUUAUUUUUGUAGGCUUGACAGACUGAGAUGUUUGUAGAUUAACUAAAACUAUUCUACCUGCAUAACCUGCGUAUACUCUGCUAUAGAUCUGAUGUAAUUUUAUAAAGUGAGUAAGUGUCCAGCCUCGUCGUACAUAACCUGAGGCUGAUUUCUGUCGUUAGGCUAUAUUAGACGAAUAACUAAAGCUUUUAUUUUGACAGAGUUGCAGCUAAUAUUUAGCAUGAUGUUUUCAGAUGUAUUCUAGCCUUGAUAGCCUUGCUGGUCUUUGCUUUACAUUUAUUGUAAUGAUAUAUGCAGAUCUUUUUAGUGCAGUGACUCGACUGCCUGUAACUCUAAUGUAGUGCACUUCACAAGUGUUGGAGAUAGAUUUACUUCUUUUGCUCGUUGCUGAUUAGUUUCGACGUCUCUCCUGUUAUCGUGGGAGGAGCUUCUCUCAACCCAGACCACGUUCAAUUGGUUCAGUUGAUUCUGAACAAACACCUUGAAAACAAUCCAGGAUGCUGUUAAUCAACAGACUGAGAGACUUCUGUCUGUAUGCCAAGAAACCUGGGGCUGACCCCACCCGCCUCGUGCCCCGGCUGAGGCGGGUGGGGUUGCUUAAACAAACAAACCCCAGUUCGGUCUGAGGUCCAGAAAAUUGUAAAAAAACUACAAGUUUACGUUAUUUCACUUGAAGAUAUUAAUAACUACCAAAUUUCACUUAAACUACAGAAAAGUUCCAUCUGAAAUAAUUUUUUGGGGAUUUAUUGAUUCUUUAAAAAAGUCCUGAUGUUGAAGAAAAUAUAUUUCGGAUAAAAAAACGUUUUUAAGAAUAAAAUAAUUACAUUUAUAAGUUGUUAUAAUCAGGACUGAACAAAAAGAAGGCAUUUCAUCUUUUCAGAAUAAAAUCUGAUUUAAUUUCAUAUUUUAGACCUGAGUUGAAAAACAGAAUCGAUGCAAAGUGAACUUUCCAUAAUUCAAAUGAAAAUAUAUAUUUUUUUUCAUCAUGUCAGAGACUCUUUUCCUUUUGGCUGUUUUGCUUCGCCAGAUUUUACUUUGUUGAUAUUUUUUUGGGGGGUAUAUUUUUGAUGCUUAUUUUUCUACACUGUAGAGUCAACAGAUGAUUAAAAUGUUUAA